GAAACCUUCCGACCCACGCAAGACGAGUACCCCGUCUACUACUUCUUCUACGGAACGCUCGCAGAGCCGCAAUGGCUUAAACGCAUCCUGAACCUGCCUGAAAUGCCGAUCCUCAAGCGCGCUACCAUCCACGGCGGCACACUCAAGAUGUGGGGCCCGUACAAGGCCUUGAUAAACGGACCGGAAACUAUCCAGGGCUGGGCGUAUCUGGUGCAGAAUAAGAAGCACGAGACCAGGCUUUGCGAAUACGAGACCCCGAACUAUGAGGUCGUGAGGUGUAAGAUUAGGUUUGAGGAGGAAGGCGAGGUUCCGGGUUGUGUGUUUCGCUUUGUGGAUCAGAGACAAUUG